AUCCCUGUGGGCCAGUUCAACCCUGCCUCCAGGCUAUAGUUUCCAAGACCCAUAAACUCCCUUUCAAUUCCAAAGUGAUAUAUUUAUGAUCCAAGGAUCCAAGGAGUUGACAGUACCUUAUUACCUUAGAACAUGCAGCCCUAAUGGUAAACAUAAAAACUUCUGAAAACUCUAUUUCAUAUAUCUAUUAAUGGACAUCACAGCCUAUGACAGUGACCUCAUCGUCCCCUCUUUGUUUCCUCUACCUGUUAUUCUCCUCCAGAAGAAGGGCAUUGCUGAAAGCCCAUCAUUUUAUUCCUCUUACUUCUAUUUUAUCAUCUAGAUUUGCAUGUUUUACAUAUCCCCUCCAUAUCCAGAAGAAGGGCAUUGCUGAAAGCCCAUCAUUUUAUUCCUCUUACUUCUAUUUUAUCAUCUAGAUUUGCAUGUUUUACAUAUCCCCUUUCUUGCCUAUUUACCUUUUUUAUCUUUCUUUGCAACUAUUGCUAGCUAAUGGAGCUUGUAUUUCAAGUUUUAUCAGUUUAUAGCAUCAUUACGCAAAGCACAGUCCGAACUAAAUUGUGCAGUUUGAUUAGCUAGAGCAGGCCAUUUGUCUGUCUGAACUCCUACCAUGAUUCACUUCACUUGACAAACUUCUCCAUGUUUUCUAUCUUAUUUUAUGGGCUCUGAAAAUUUUAAACUUUUCUGCGGCAUGUCUUUCAUCCCUUCACCUGCAAGUAAUGCCUUCCCUCAUAGGUAAUGUGUACAAAUCCUUUGUCUGUUUCUGUACUUUCAGUUCGCUUGUAUUUUUUAGAAUCUAGUGUUCUACAUUACCACCCUAAUAUUCGCUAUUUUACAUCUUGUCAUUCAUUCAACUUAUGACAGUUGAAAGAAGUGCAGAUGAUUGUGGCACGUGAUUCAGGAAUUUUCCCCCAGAAGACCUCUCCCUUCUUCCUCCCUCAUCAACUGCAGCAACGAGAAGUUGGAAUUGCAGCUGGUCAGCAUGGAAGGUUUGCCCUCCAUCCAAGAAGAGUUAUUGCCUCACAUCUUCUACCCAAUACCAUGACCAAUGUAACUGAUCACAGCCAACGAGUCUUCUGUGGCACAUAUUCUCGGGAUGGCUGUCGGUUCCUCUCUGCCUGCCAAGAUGGGUGUUUGCGGCUAUAUGACACGAGUGAGUCAUACCUGAAGCUCAAACUCCGGGUACAGGCUCGGGAUGUUGGGUGGAGCAUUGUGGGAACUGCUUUCAGUCCAGAUGGACACAUUAUUGCCUACUCCAGCUGGUCUGAUUCCAUUCACCUGGUGAAACUGUGUAAUUGGAAGGAAGACAAUCAUAGGGCACUGCCUGUUUCUCCUCAUAUGCACUCCUUCUGCAUAUUCUCACUCUCGUUUUCACAAGAUGGGUCUGAAAUCAUGGGUGGAUCCAAUGAUGGAGCUAUCUAUGUAUAUGACAUAGAUGCUGAUAGGCUCAUGCUCAAAGUGUGGGACAGACGGGCCUUGAAUGAAGCAAACCCAAAACCAGUGGGUCAGCAUGCAGGACAUGUAGAUGGAAUUACAUUCAUAGACCCACGAGGGGACAGCCGCUAUGCCAUCACAAAUUCCAAGGACCAGACCAUUCGUCUAUGGGAUAUGCGUGUCUUCUCAAAGGAUGCUGACAUCUCUACUGUAAAAGAUACCCUGAGCUCAAGGUCUACCAUUUGGGACUACCGCUAUGAGAACAUCCCGAGAGCCUUGGUUCAGAACUCCCUACGUGUGAGGGGUGAUGGGUCAAUCAUGGUAUUUCAUGGGCAUCAUAGAGUACAACACACUCUAAUUCGCUGCCGUUUCUCACCUGCUUUCACCACUGGGCAAAGUUUGUCAUACUCUGUCAAUAAAAAGCUUUUGAGGGCUCAUUUAGAACAAGAAGAAAUUCUAAAUUUUUUGCAGUAUAUGACAUUCUUACGGGAGACAUCCAUCAGGUCCUGGAAGGACACUCAGGUUGCGUUCGAGAUGUUGACUGGCAUCCACAUCGCAUGGAAAUGCUUUCCUCUUCUGUGA